AUGAGGGCAUUGCCGAUGGAUUUGUCUGCUGAAAUCACCCGCCAAAGUUUAAUGGCAUCACGCAAAUUCCUCCCCACCCAUCGUCCCUUCAUGGGCACACAGUCUGUCGGAAUGCCUCGGAAAUUCACCCUCGAGUCGCGCACAAAUUCUAUGUCAAAUCUCAAGGGAGGCGUGAUUGCUCCUCAUUGGCCUCCACUGGGCCACGAAGAAGUACCUUCGCUUGACAAAUUUUUACUCCCCCAUUUUUCACUGAUAUUUUUAGGUUUUUCACUAGUAUUCCCUAUCAAAAUCAUGGAAACAUUGAAAUUGUACGAAUUGGCACAGCAAGACUUUCAUGAGCUGGAGAUUUUGCUGAGUGAAAAGCCAGAAUUCACUGCCACGAAAGACAGCAGUGAGAGAUAUCUUCUGCAUUGGGCGGCCUUGGGUGGUCGAGUGGAGCUGGUGAAACUCCUUCUGGCCAGGGAGACAACAUUCCUCCAUGCUCGAGAUGACACGGAAGCGACACCUUUGAUUCUCGCCACUCUCGGCGGGAAUCUCGAGAUGGUGAAGCUUCUGGUGUCGAAAGGAGCAAAUAUCACUGAUAGAAAUUGGCACGGCCACUCAUCCCUCCAGUAUGCCUGCUCUAAGGGCCACCGGGACAUUGUGGAGUUCCUCCUGGAUAAAGGAGCGGAUGUCAAUGUGCGGGACGAUCGCAGUGACACUUGUCUCCAUCGACUGGCCUCCACUGGACGACGAGACAUCAUGGAAAUGAUCCUCAAAACUCCCCAGCGAAUUGAUCUCAAUGCCCAGAAUCGCGAAGGUGACACGCCACUUCAUCUCGCCUGCCAGGAAAAGCAGCUGGAGUGCGUGGCACUGCUGGUGGAGUCCGGAGCCUCUGUCCACAUUCUCAACAAGGAGAAAAAGUCUCCGCUGGACUACUGCACAACGCUGGUGCGUCGGGAGAUCCUGGAAAAGCUGAAUCUGGCCGAAACGCCUGCGUCAUCUUAA